CGCAAACAAUUUGAAAUACUUCGAUACGCAGCACACAUAUGUACGCAUGUACGUAUUCAUAGAUGUCAUUUGGAAAACCAAAUUUCUGUGACGACAAUCGACUAGAACGGAGAUUAUAAGCAAGAAUGCCGGAAACGAAACCCAAGACGCACUGCCGUCCCAGCAAUGGUCACGACAACGCGGAGGAGUCCGACGUCCGUCUGACUGGCCAUCUGGUCACCCCAAGGAACCUCCAACUGCACCCCCGCCCACAGCGCCCACGUCCGCCGCGAGCUCGUCCAAAUGCCACCGGCUUUUCGGCCAACCAGGAGGUGCGGCUAAAAGCCGGCGACAUGCGCGUGGCCCGGCUGCAGAUCAAUCUCUCCCAGCUGCGCACCGCCAUGGAGGAGUCGAGCAAACAGCUGAAGGACCUCUGCCAGGAGAUGCGGCUGAAUGUGGAUGCUGAGUGAGGGGUCCUGCAGUUUCAGUCAAAUAUCCUGGGGAAUUCGCUUGCAAAUGCAAAACCAUUCAGCUUAGGAAGUGCCAAAUUUAAGUGUUUACGGUGAAAUGCAAUUAAUAAG